ACACUCACUGCCUCUCCGUAGCCACGCCCACCAUUACAGUUAUUGGGGAAUGGCUGCCGUCCAUCAAGCAGAUGUCGGUAGUGGGCUACAGCGUGUCCCUAGCGACUCUCCUCAUCUCCUUCGUCAUCCUCGCCUCCCUCAGGAAAUUACGGUGUCCGAGGAACCUCCUGCACCUGCACCUCUUCGGGUCGUUCAUGCUGCGGGCGCUGGUGGUGCUUCUGAAGUCGUCUCUCCUGGUGGAAGGGACAGCUCUUCCGCAGAACUUCCACGUGCAAGAUGGCGUCCACACGUUCAACUCCUCCAGCGAGACAUGGACGUGUAAACUCAUGAUCUGCGUGUGGCAGUACUUCAUCCUGGCCAACUACUCAUGGCUGCUCAUGGAGGGCCUCUACCUGCACAGCCUCAUCUUCAUGGCCCUCUUCACUGACUCCUCGGCCAUCACGCUCUACAUUCUACUUGGUUGGGACGUUGGAAGUGCUCCCUUGAAAACCCCUCUAAAACGUAGAAACUCUGGAAAAAUUAUGAAAACAACAAUUAAGCACAUUCUCACACCUGCUUCCCGAAAACCUUCCCCCUACACCGGACAUCCUCCAAUUCCAACAACUCCUUCCCCCUUCACUUUGCCCCCCCCUCCCCUUCCCUCUCGAUGCUGGCCCCUGUGA